UUCGCCAGACACGAAUUUGACAUUUAUGGCUGGAACAAUCUUGUAUGCAGAGGUGUAUAUAACGGGCCAUUCUCCUGAUUUAUCGCCUGAUCCACCCAUUUGACCACAACAAAAUGCCCACAAACUCAAGCUUUUAUGAUCCAUCCUCGGCUCCCUACCUUGACCCGAGCACCGACCGUCAAGUGGUGUUCAUCACUGGGGCCAACUCGGGAAUCGGCUGGUUCGAUGCCUUGCACCUCUACCUCCACGGAUACAUCGUGUAUAUCGGAGGUCGGACUGAGUCCAAGGUCCUCAAGGCCAUUGAGGAUCUCAAGCAGGAGGCUCAGAAAAGACAUGACAACAAGCAUCCAUUGGGUGAGUUGCAUUAUCAGUACAUCGACUUGCUUGAUCUCUCUACCGUGGUCCUGGCAGCCAAGGAGUUUUCUGCCAGAGAGCCAAAGCUCCAUAAGCUCAUAUUGAACGCGGGCAUCAUGGCGUUGCCAUACGAGCUCUCCAAGGACGACAUCGAGAUCCAGUACCAGGUCAAUGUUGUGGGCCACUUCUUGUUGACCCACAAGUUGGCACCCCAGCUUGAGGCUGCGUUGGAGGACGGCCACGUACCACGGGUGGUCCAUGUGGCCUCUGUGGGCCACUACGCUGCGUUCAAGUACUUCCACCCUGGAAAGCCUGUGCAAAGGGGCCCCGACUUGGUUUCCACCUGGGUGCGGUACGGAGUGUCCAAGUCGGCCAAUAUUCAGAUUGCUCGGCUCCUGGCCAAAAAGUACCCGAAAAUCCUCAGUGUGGCGGUCCACCCGGGGCUUGUGGUGGAUACCGAGUUGUACAAUCGCUGGAAGAACUUCUCCUACAUCGGGGUGUUCACCAAGGGUGCUUUGACAGCAGCAAACUCGGUGAUUGGGGUCACCUUGGAGCAGGGGGCGCUUUCCACCUUGAAAGCGGCAUUGGAUCCUUCCCUCACCGUUGCUAACGAUAACGGUAAGUAUCUCACCACAGGAGGUAACGAGGGAAGAGCCAAUCACGUUGCAACCAACGAGAACAAUGCAAUCCAGACUUGGGACUGGAAUGUGGAGCAGUUGAAGGCCAGAGGCUUAUGGUGAACUAUCAAACAUAGACAAUCAAUACAAGUAGCAAAUAUUUAGAGAACGAGUUGGGACUGAAAAGUGCCUCUUAAGUAUAGGUUUAACUAGAGAACGAGUCGGAGUGGAUUGUGCCUCCAAAGUAUACUAGUCGAUAGACGUGGGAUGUGGAUGAGUGUGACGUGUUACAGCGUCGCUCGCGAUCUUCAACUAAAGUUACGUAUCACCAUGACAAUCGUGUCGUAUAUCGGAGCCCCGCAACCUCAAUAUACUGUGGGAACCUCGACCCCACGUUUCAAGGUAGUGGUGCUGGUGGGAGGGGACCCGGGUCCGACCUUGGAGAACUCUCCACGUGACCGUAUCUCCACGUGACCGCGCCCCCUAGUUUGCAUGAUCAUCUCUUAUCGGUGCAAAUAGACCAUAAGCUAUCACCAGUUGUUCUUAGUGUUGAUCAGAGAGCAAUUGACUUCAGUAUACCACACCUAGUUGAGUUUCCAUCUCA